AUGGAUGUCCAAGAAGUGGUCAAUGCUAUAAUGAACUUUGACCAAUCAAUGAUUGAUGAAAAAGUUUGUUCAAUAUGUUCUAAAGUUGAUACACUGGAAAAAGAUACUAAAAUAACUUGGUUGAUGAAAGCAAUAGGCUUUAUAGACUUAACUACAUUAGGAGGGGAUGAUACGCCUAUUAAAGUUAAAGCUGUCUGUGUAAAGGCUAUAAAUCCUCUUGGUGAGUCCACAAAAUCUUUACAUACUGCAGCUGUAUGUGUUUAUCCUUUGAGACUGCCAGAUGCUGUGGCUUCAUUAGCAGAGCUUGAUAAAGACCAUAAAGUUGCUAUAGCUACUGUUGGUGGAGGAUUUCCAUCUGGACAAUUUCCAUUGGAGACACGUAUCAAAGAAGUAGAAAUAGGCAUUGAAAAUGGUGCUGAUGAAAUUGAUAUUGUGAUUAAUCGAUCAUUAGCUGUGAUGCAUCAAUGGAAAGAAUUAUACGAGGAAUUAAAAUUAUUUGGUACCAUUUGUAAUAAAAAAGUAUGUUUAAAAGUCAUACUUGCUACAGGAGAAUUGAAAAAUUUGGAGAAUGUGUAUAAAGCAUCUAUGAUAGCAAUGAUGGCUGGAGCUAACUUCAUUAAAACAUCAACUGGAAAAGAGACAAUAAAUGCUACUUUACCUGUUGGAAUAGUUAUGUGUCUUGCAAUUAAGGAUUAUUAUGCAGUAACACAAAAGAAGGUGGGUUUCAAGCCAGCUGGAGGAAUUAAAACUGCACAAGAAGCCUUAGAAUGGAUGAUGUUAGUUCAAAUGGAAUUGGGGGAUGAAUGGUUAACAAAAGAUUUAUUUAGAAUUGGUGCAUCUAGUUUGUUAGAUAAUAUAGUUGCAACAAUACAAUCACAAUAA